AUGUACAGGGGCGAACUUAGGUCCCUGGACCUCAUCUCAGGCAGCAUUGACUCGGUUUAUCGCUACAUCGUUGCCAACCCUGACGUUGAGGAUCGGCAACUCGGUGUUGAGUAUCUGGCAGACAUCAUUGCGCUCUCAAGCCCCCUAUCACUAUCUGACAUCUGUAACCUGUUCACCACCGACGUCCGGAAGCACAUCGCACAUCUUUCGGCCAUCGUUUCUCUCCCGCCUAUGGACUCCCCAAGUUCUGUACAGAUAUACCACUCGUCCCUUCGUGACUAUCUUUCAACUAGGUCUCGUUCUGGGGACUUUUACGUCGAUCCAGCAGAGUCACACCGCCGUUUAGCUGGCUUAUGCCUGAAACUCAUGCGUCGACAGCUGAAUCCGGAGAUACGCGAGCAAAAAGCAAUAUCUGGCGCCCUACGCUACGCCUGUCUUUACUGGCCAUAUCAUAUUGAAGCAAUGAGCCACAGCGCCGAAAAUCAAGCCCUUGUCUUCCAGUUUAUACAGGAACAGCUUCCCUUCUUUUUAGAAGCGUUUUCUUUGAUGGGCUGCUUUGAUCUGGCUGUCGUUCGCCUCACUGAGGCUUCUAGGGUAGUCUCAUCGUGGAAGUUGUCUCAUGAGCAAAAUACAUUCCCUGCCGUUUUCGAUGUUGUUACGAAAUAUCUCCAGUUGAUCCCUGUUUAUCCGAUUUAUCCAGCUGUCGCCCUUUCUCAUGCGUCAUUUUGCCUAACGGACCCAAGUGCCUUGUCCACGCUCAAAGACACACUUGACGAGGUGAUAGACCGACACAAAUAUGAUGGCCCGCUUUCAUGGCUCCUUUGCCACGCUCAUAUCAGGGCAGAGUUCCACAAGGUCAUUGACACAACGCUACGUAUACAGCCCGAUAACGCCCGUUGCAGACAUAUGUUCUUUGAGACAUGCCCACCGGCUGACUGUGAUGUUGCAUCCCUUGCCUUUCAACUUUCCUCUAUCUUUAAAAGUUACGACAAUGUGAUAGACUUCUUCUCACAGGAGGAUCAAAACGCGCAAACAUUGGUGGAUGUUUUACAAGCCGUCCGCAUCCGUUCGACGAUCGAUGCAAGAUCCCAGCGCAUGUUUCGUUACGGACUGAUACAGCUCGCUGCCAAUUCAGGCCGCUAUGCUCAAUGUCUACAGCUGCGCAAUAUCAAUAUUAAAUGGGAAAUGCGUCCAAUUGGACAUGGCGGUCUUUCAGCCGUCUACAAAGGAAAUAUUGAAACACAGCCGGAUGUACAGCUCGCUCUCAAAGUCAUACGCAUGUCCGAUGAGUCUUAUUCAAAAAGGAACCUACAGAAGUUUGCAAGUGAAGUCACAGUGUGGAGCCAGCUUCGACAUCCCAACAUUCUUUCAUUCAGUGGCGUAUUUCAGGGAGAAGGGAGAAGGGAACUCUACACUAUCUCGCCGUACCUCAGUUACGGUAAUAUCUGCAACUAUCUGGAAAUAAACCCCAGUGCAAACCGGACGCUCUUGGCGUUGGAUGUUGCGCAAGCUUUAAAUUUCCUUCAUGGCUGGAGUCCUGAGAUUGUACAUGCUAAUAUCAACGGGUCCAACAUUUUAGUAUCAGAUACCGGACGAGCAUGUCUCGUUGAUUUUGAGUCCACCACCGCAAAGGACCGUCCCCUUGAUGCUGUCACAAUGUCCGCAAAGGCCUGUCUCGUUGGUGAAGACGACGACAUGACUUCCGAGUUGUCUAGCAUUGCAUGGAUGGCACCGGAGAUUUUCGACGAAGGUACUUUUGGCAGGAUGGUGUUCACCACAAAAAGCGAUAUGUAUGCUUUCGGCGGAGUUUGCUACGAGCUAUUCUGCGGCAAAACACCGUUUCGUGGUCUGAGAGAUGCAGUUAUCAUCUUUCGUAUACUUCGAGGGCGCACCCCCGACAGAAUCGAUGGCCCCCACGUGGACGACAGCGUCUGGGCAUUCAUGCAGCAAUGCUGGCGCAAAGAACCAACGGAAAGGCCCACCGCUAAGGAGGCGGUAGAGUUCUUCAAGGCUCGAGUGUUGGACUCCGGAAUGAGCAUUGAGCCGGCGGAAGAAUGGGACUACUCCAUUAUGGACGAAAACUUGAAGCAGGCAGAGCGGUUCCUCUAUCUUGAUCCCCAUCCAACGCCCUGUGGUUCAAGCUCCGGCCAGGAAGUACUUACGUAG